AUGAUUCUGAAGGGAACAGAGCUUACAGUACCUCAUUGUCAUUUAGAGAGUGUAACCACACUACUUUUUACUGUAUCUAUUUUAAUAAGAGAAAUUAUAACAUAUGAUAUUGUCCCCCUUAUCUACAGAAAGGAGCCUCCUAUAUCAUUGGGCAUAUUUCCACUCCCUCCAGGAGAUGCGCUUCUUACUCCUGAUACUCAGAGAGGAUCAGUGGAAACUCCUGGAUCAGAUAGUUGGAAGUUCCGUGAACUAAGUCAGCCUCGUUCCCGCACCAGCCUCAAGGAUGAAAUUUCUGAUGUUAGCCAAGCAGGGUCCAAAUCUACUACACCAAUCUUAACUGCUGCUUCAGAUGUGCUUACGUCUGCGGAGUCUCCCCUGCAUGAAGACAAGGAAGGCCUUGCAAAGAAUUCUGAUUCAUGGAACCAGAAAUUGGACAUAAACAAGCACAUUGAAGUGCAGGUAGCUCAGGAAACAAGAAAUGUAUCCAUCGGAGCUAAUGAAAAUGAUGACAAAUCUGAAGUUCAGGCAAUCAUUGAAUCCACUCCAGAGUUGGAUAUGGAUAAAGAUCUUAGUGGAUAUAAAGGUUCAAGCACUCCUACCAAAGGCAUAGAGAACAAAGCAUUUGAUCGUAACACAGAAUCACUGUUUGAAGAACUAUCUUCUGCUGGCUCUGGUCUGAUUGGGGAUGUGGAUGAAGGAGCAGACUUGCUGGGAGAAUAUUCUGGAAUGGGACGUGAAGUUGAAAACCUUAUUCUAGAAAAUACACAACUACUCGAAACCAAAAAUGCCUUGAAUGUGGUGAAGAACGACUUAAUAGCAAAAGUUGAUGAGCUGACAUGUGAAAAGGAUGUGCUGAAAGGAGAAUUGGAAGCUGUAAAACUAGCCAAACAAAAGCUUGAAGAGAAGAAUAAGGAGUUGGAGGAAGAGCUUAGAAAAGCCCGUGCAGAAGCUGAAGAAGCAAGGCAAAAAUCAAAGGAAGAGGAUGAUAGUGAUAUUCCUACUGCUCAGAGAAAACGAUUCACACGUGUUGAGAUGGCCCGGGUUCUCAUGGAACGAAAUCAGUACAAAGAAAGGCUAAUGGAGCUUCAAGAAGCAGUGCGAUGGACUGAGAUGAUAAGGGCAUCAAGAGAAAAUCCAGCUAUGCAGGAGAAGAAGAGAUCGAGUCUUUGGCAGUUUUUUAGCAGAUUAUUCAGUUCAUCGGGCAACACUGCUAAGAAACCAGAACCACCAGUUAAUGUUAAGUACAAUGCACCAACCUCACACAUAACUCCUUCAGUCAAGAAAAGAAGCAGCACCUUAUCUCAGCUACCAAGUGACAAAUCAAAAGCUUUUGAUUUCCUCAGUGAAGA